AGACCAUAAAACCUCAGUGAUAAAGCAGCCAAGCUGUCCAGCCAGUCCAGCAUGCUAUCUCAAACAGUAUCCAGUACCACAUUUCAAAGAAAGUUGCACAAAAUAUGCAAUCAUUGGACAACUGUCUGCAUUGUUAACCUCGCCUAUUUGCAGUCAAGUUGGUACCUCUCUUCCCAAGCCCUGCUUUACCUCGCUGAGAAGCCCUUGACUGUCUCUCUCUCUAGAAGGCGGCCCCGGCAGGAGGCUCACUCAGUGUCUUCUCGGCUCCUCAUUUCUUCCCCAGCUAUAGUGGUCUUUCAGACAUCGAAUACUAUGUGCCUAGAUGAGCUGAUGAAGUCCAGUCUGCAGAGCACAGAAGAUGAUGCUGAUAAGUAUUACAAGAUUAAAGAUGUCUUGGAAGAAAAGGAGAGGAGUCUCAAUUUUGAAGAAAUGAAAGACUGGGGAUCGAAAAAUAUCCUUAAAAUGAACCCUUCUACCAUAAACAAGAUGCCAAAUUCAGCUGCUAAUUUACCUCUUAGGUUUGGAAGAGGUUAUCCAGAAGAAAGAAGCAUUAAACCAAUUGCUAAUUUGCCUCUGAGAUUUGGCAGAGCUUUUGGAGAUAACAUACCUAGGCAUGCUCCAGAAGUAUCACACAGGCCUGGGAGGUCUCCACUUGUUAAAAGUUCCAGUCAGUCACUUCUAAAUUUUCCACAGAGAUUUGGGAAGUCACUGUCUGUCAAUCUGCCUCAAGAAGUUCAGGAAUCUGAACCAGGGAUAUGAGUUCUAACAGUUACGGUAAUACUGGAAUGAAAUAAUGAAGACAGAAUCUGAAAGACUCUGAAAAUCUGCAAUGUGUUUUCAAAACUAAAGGUCAUGGAAAGGAAACCUAAAAGAACUGUAAUGCAAACCUGACUUCAUGUUAUGAAUAAUUCUGUACAAACCCUUGAUGUAUAAGGCAAUGACAAUUGUAGUGACUGUUGUAGCAGUUUACUUCAGUGGCAGUGUAGUAUAAAUUCUGUUUACUUCUGUGCAACUUCUGUCCUGUUGGUUGUAAAACCUGAUUUCAGAACAACGGCUGUAUAACUGAAAGCAUUUCAACCAAAAUUAAAAGAAGCAUAGUAUGAAUAAAGCAGCAUGGCACAAAUAAAAUGAAGUCUACAAUACUAAUAACAAACAGGAGCAGGAUCAAAACCACUGGUACUCUUUGUGUCAUAUGCAGCUAAAGAAAAACAAAAUGUAGAGAGAGCACUUUUCCUGUUGUUUAUG